CUGGGUUUAUUGUGGUCCAGGAAUACUUGAGAGGCAGCAGACAGUGUGGGAGCAGCUUCACUCUAAAAGUAAGUUUGUGUUGUGAGUGUGUCUGCCUCCGGUCAGGAUGUCGUACAUGCGAGCAGACAGCGGCUGGUCCCAGCCCGGGGACUUUAACGGCCUCGUCCAGACGUGCAGCUCCAAUAUCCAGAAGAUCAGCCACAACUCCGGUCAGAUCAAGAAUCUGCUCUACCAGCUGGAGACUCGUCAGGAGACGUCGGAGCUGCAGGAGAAGCUCCAGCAGCUCCAGCACUACACCAACCAGCUGGCUAAAGAGACAAACAGACACCUGAAGGAGCUCGGGACUCUGCCUCCGCCUCCUUCUCCAUCAGAACAGAGGCAGCAGAAGCUGAGGAGGGAGCGUUUGAUGAACGACUUCUCCGCAGCUCUCAACAACUUCCAGCUGGUUCAGAGGAGUGCCGCCGAGAAGGAGAAGGAGUCUGUGGUCCGGGCUCGAGCCGGAUCCAGAGUCACAGGGGAUGGAGGAAACGUGAACGAGCAGCUGGUCACAUUUGAAAAAGGAGGUGAGUGGGGUCAGACCCAGACUCAGACAGAGGAGCCCCCAAUCACAGAGGAGGACCUGGAGACCAUCAAGGAGAGAGAGACCAACAUCAAACAGCUGGAGGCUGACAUCAUGGACGUGAAUCAGAUCUUCAAGGACCUGGCGCUGAUGAUCCACGAUCAGGGAGAGACCAUCGACAGCAUCGAGGCGAACGUGGAGGGAGCGGAGUCUCAUGUAGACCGAGGAGCCGCCCAGCUGCAGAAGGCCUCCUACUACCAGAAGAAGUCCCGUAAGAGGAUGUGCAUACUGGCCAUGGUGCUGUCGCUGCUGCUCCUCAUCAUCAUCAUCAUCAUCUGGCAGGCUAUCAAAUGAGGAGAAGCCCCGCCCACUGACACCUUCAGAUGACUUCCAGCAUGUGUGUGUGUGUGUGUGUGUGUGUGUGUAAGAGAAAGAGAGAGAGACCUUUUUAUGUAUGUGUGCAUGCAUGCUCUUUAGUCAGCCCAAUCCUAACCUCCUCCUCCACUGCCCUCUUUUGAGGAGAGAUCCAUAAUUCUUGCCUUUUGAAAAUUAAAGGAAGAAUGUGCGAUGUUUUGAUCCAGUAGAUGUCGCCCUUGAGCACCAGCAUUAAACCAAAACAAACUG